AUGGUCGCAGCAGCUGAGUAUCCGCAAGCAAUGGUCGCAGCAGCUGAGUAUCCGCAAGCAAUGGUCGCAGCAGCUGAGUAUCCGCAAGCAAUGGUCGCCCGCAGAGACUGUUCGGCAGAGACUACGCUGCUCCCUCUGCAGACGCUGCUCCCUCUGCUGACGCUGCUCCCUCUGCUGACGCUGCUCCCUCUGCAGACGCUGCUCCCUCUGCAGACGCUGCUCCCUCUGCAGACGCUGCUCCCUCUGCUGACGCUGCUCCCUCUGCAGACGCUGCUCCCUCUGCUGACGCUGCUCCCUCUGCAGACGCUGCUCCCUCUGCAGACGCUGCUCCCUCUGCUGACGCUGCUCCCUCUGCAGACGCUGCUCCCUCUGCUGACGCUGCUCCCUCUGCAGACGCUGCUCCCUCUGCUGACGCUGCUCCCUCUGCAGACGCUGCUCCUUCUGCUGACGCUGCUCCCUCUGCAGACGCUGCUCCCUCUGCAGACGCUGCUCCCUCUGCAGACGCUGCUCCCUCUGCAGACGCUGCUCCCUCUGCAGACGCUGCUCCCUCUGCAGACGCUGCUCCCUCUGCUGACGCUGCUCCCUCUGCAGACGCUGCUCCCUCUGCAGACGCUGUCUCCACCACAACAGUCUGAUAAAACCUGUGGUCGAUGGUGA